CCAUGGCAAAGGAAGAAGAGCGGAGGAGCACCAAACGGAAGAGGACAGAAGAGAAUGAGGCCCAGGUGGAGGACAGCGCGGCCCAGGCGGAGAACAGCGCGGCCCAGGCGGAGAACAGCGCGGCCCAGGCGGAGAACAGCGCAGCCCAGGCAGAGGCUGAGCGUUUGGAAGCUGAAAAUAGGCAAAGGGUCAUCAAUCUCCGUGUUGGAUAAGAGCCCCAACAGAAAGCUCAAACGCUCAGUUUUCGUGCUUUACCAUCGAGGGAUGCCCAAGAGGGACACCAGCGAACCUGAGCUAGAGCCUGAGCCCGAGCCGGAGCUGCAGUUCUUCGAGGAAUCCUCGGAGUCCAACGUGUUGGAUCAAGAAAUGGAGGACGAGUUCGGGGAGGAAGUCGAAUCUGAAACUGAUGUUGAGCUGAAGCUGGAGCCCAAUGAUUCUGAGGAGGACGAGGAGGAUGAGGAUGCAAAGGAAGAGUAUGAAGAGGAGGAGGAGGAGGCAUCGGCCCAUGAUUCCACCUCAACCUCCAUGUCCAACUCCACCAAAGAGGUGGCAAAGCACCUGUACAUUGGGGACAGAUUCAGGGGCUUCCCAUAA